CACCAAAGCAAUUGGAAGUCCCAAAGUCAACCAGGAUGAACAUUCGACAACAAGCAGGCCAAUUCCUCAAUUUCCUUCUGGUCCUCACGACAGCCUUCGCGCUAUGGAAGGGCCUCUCAUUGUACACCAAUUCCUCCUCGCCCAUCGUGGUGGUGUUGAGUGGAUCCAUGGAACCUGCUUUCCAGCGGGGUGAUCUUCUGUUCUUGAGCAAUCGUGCCGAGAAGGCUCAGGUUGGAGAUAUCGUUGUGUACGAAGUCAAGGGUCGUCCAAUUCCGAUUGUGCAUCGUGUCAUGAGGACGCACGACAGUCUGAUUUCCGACCUCGCGGAUCAGAAGCUUCUUACGAAGGGUGACAACAACCCUACCGAUGAUCUCGAGCUCUACGCACGCGGUCAGACACACCUGUCUCGUGAGUCCGAAGUUGUUGGCAUGGUCCGGGGCUUCGUGCCGUACGUUGGAAUGGUUACAAUCAUGCUGAACGAUUAUCCGUGGAUGAAGUACGCUUUGUUGGCUGGUUUGGGAGGUAUGGUGAUGUUGCAGAGAGAGUAA